CAAAUGGCAACUAGUUCAUCAAAGGCAACUGAUGUGAAGCAAAGGUUAAUUGUUACUGCAAUUGAUAUAGGGACAACAUUCAGCGGCUGGGCAUAUUCUACACUAAAUGAACCUGAGAAAGUUUAUGCAAAUCAGGCAUGGUUUGCUGGUGAUGGGUCCCUUGCGUCUCUAAAGACGUCAUCUUGUCUUCUCUUUUCACCGGAAAAAGAGUUCAAAUACUUUGGUUAUGAAGCAGAAACAGAGUUUGCACGCCUAGUUGGAGACAAUGAGCAGCAUGGCUGGUAUUAUUUCCGAAGAUUCAAAAUGGCAUUGUUUCACGACCAGAAAUUGAAUCGAUAUACUACAAUCGAGGACAUAUCAGGAAGAAAAAUGCCAGCACUAGUGGUAUUUGCUAAUGCUAUAAGGUUUCUUAAGGACAACUUUACAGAAACAAUUCGGAAUAGGGUACCUAGUUUUAAGAACACUGAUGUGACUUAUGUUCUAACUGUUCCUGCUAUUUGGGAUGAUAUGGCAAAAAGAUUCAUGCGAGAAGCAGCGGUUGAGGCUGGGAUUCAAAAUAAUCAGCUGGUAAUAGCACUCGAGCCUGAGGCAGCGUCAGUCUGGUGCCAGGGAUUAAAAACAGAAAUUCAACGUUGCGAUGAAAGGAAGGCCUUUGGAAUUUCAGCUGUUGGCACACGUUAUAUGAUUGUUGAUUUAGGAGGAGGCACAGCUGACAUAACUAUUCACGAAAAAAGGCCAAACAAUACUUUGCUAGAGAUACAUGAACCGAUAGGCGGGCCAUGGGGAGGGACAGAAGUUGACAAAAACUUCAUUAACUUGUUUGAAUUAAUCUUCGGUGCGUCUGAAUGGGAGGAAUACAAACGAAACGAGUUAGAAGAUUUACUUUACAUGUACAGAGAUUUCGAAGCAAAGAAGCGCAACGUACAAUUAACAUCAUCAAAACAGAUGAUUAUGAAAGUACCAUCAAAUUUAAAAGAAUACUACGAGCGAAAAGGGAGGAGAUCAAUCGCGGAAAUUGAACAUUUAUUUGACAGGAAUAUAGUAUGGAAGAAGGACAAAUUGAGGAUCGAUGCAUCACUCAUCAGGAAAUGUUUUGAGGGACCGGUUCGUGAAAUUAUUUAUAAUGUGGAGAACCUAUUAUCAAAGCAAGGAUUGAGAAAUAUCAGCAAAAUAAUACUGGUUGGCGGUUUCUCUGAAAGCCUUUACGUACAAGAGAGUUUUAAAGCAAAAUUUCCUGACAAGCAAGUUAUCGUACCCGCUGAAUGUGGACUUGCUGUUUUAAAAGGGGCUGUUCUUUUCGGGCAAAAUCAAUCAGUAGUUACCGCACGAAUUUCACGAUAUACAUACGGUCUAGAAAUUGCUGUUCCUUUUGAUCUUACAAAGCAUCCCGAGGAAAAGAUAUAUGAAUCAGAUCGCGGAACACUUUGCAUGGAUUCAUUUUGGAAAGCAGUUGAGAUCGGAGAAGAGAUAAAAGAUGGACUUGAGGUAUCAAGAAUCGGGAAAGCAGUAAAUGAUUUUCAAGAACGCAUUAAAAUGUGCAUUUUCAAAUCAAAUAAACGGAACCCGAUUUUCACAACAGAUGAAGGAUGUGAACUUAUUGGAGAAAUUUCAGUUCCGAUGGAUUGUACAUUAAAUGCUGAUGACAAUGCCGUUGAUGAAAUCUUCAUUUUUGGAGGCACAGAAUUGAAGUUUAAGACCGUGCAUAGAAUGAGUGGAGAUAUACAUGAACUUAAUAUUGACCUUUAAUUUACUUCACUAGCACUAUGAAAAGGUUGGAACAUUACUAUUACAGUGUUUUGUAAUUCAAACAACACUUUACUAGUUUAGCAUACUUUUGACGAUUUGUGACAAUUGAAAUGUCAAUUAUAAUUGUAUAUUCCGAAUUCGCUACUAAACUUUUCGUAUAUAGAUGUUGUUAACAAAUGUCUGCACACAAUUAUUGCAAAUCUACGAGUAAAGUUGAUACAAGUUUUAUAUACUAAAAAGUUAUCAAUCUGUUCUCAAUGAAUCAAGCAUUUUUGCUUUUUACAUGAAUACAUAGUGUCGUAUUACGGUCUUUAGCAUUAGUUUGCAAAUAUACAGAUAGGCAGAAAUAAAGUUGCAUAAAUGGUGUAUGAUAAACUGGUCUUUAGUAAUUAUAUAAAAGCUUAUUUUAUGGUUUGCUAUUGUAGGAUAAGCUUUGAUUGCCUACCAUAUAGAAUAAGGUACAAAUUUGAAACCUAACAAAAUGAUUGUCAGUUCAAUAACGUUGAAUAAAGGCAUUCUACAUUUUGCAUUGUUUUGCAUAUAAAGACUAAUACAACGUUGUCUGUAAAUCUUUUGCAGACAUUAAUCUGAUGGCAAGAAUGUUUUUUUAAGAUAAAAUGUGUUAAUAUUUGUACGUGUUGUAAAGUUGGAUUCUAAUUACAACAGGUUAUAUAAUCAUCACAAAAUGUUUCAUAAUAUUACCCAAGAAGUAUAGCAUAUAUACUCGUCAUGUAUAUUUUUGAAGAAACAUUAAACUUUUUCCAGAAUCUAUUUUUACAAUUAUAGUUACAAUGUAUGUAAAGAAUUGAUAAACCUUAAGCAUUUGUUAAGUAAAUUCUGGUUAGCUGUUUGUAGACCAAUCAGAAGAGUUGUUACAAAUAGUGUCACUUGCAUGUAGAUGUUAGCUCCCUCUGGGAUUCAGAAUUUCAUUUAACCAGGCAUCUCAGAGAGUUUUGACGUCUUUGAAGAAAUGACAUCUCAAAAAGCUCUCUAAGGUUAAUUAAUUAAAGUGACAUUAUGCUCAUAUUUUUAUUGUCAAGUUGAGCUGAAUUGACUUAAUAUUUCAAAAGAAUGACUGUUUAAAUGAUGUUUGACCAACAGAUAUAUCCAAUUAUAUUGGAAAAUGUUUAGGAUAAAAUUUAAAAUCUGCCUAAAAUAUAAAAAGACUGCCCCACUCUUUUUAUACAUUGAA